UCACAUCAGAGUCUAACGUCACCGACUCGGAUUUGUGCUCGGAGCUUGUCAACCCGACUACAUUAUGCCAGGUCAGGUUGUGGUGUUUAUGUGGGGGAAAUCCGCAUAGCGGGAUUGCAUGCUGUUUAAUGAACACAUACAUAGUAUUUUCGUCGAAUAAACUACCGGAUACAAAUCUGCUGUGACUCCUGAGUCCACGGAGGGAGAAACAGAAAACUAUACAUCUCCCGAUUCCAUUGUCGGCAGAAAGAGGGAACUUCGGCUAUUGUUUUGUCCUAAAAAAAAAAAAAAAAGUGAAGAAGACCUUUGCAGAUCUGUUGGAUAUCAUCUGAACUCUAACGACCCAACCCGUUUUGAACUAUCCAUUGUGUUUCAUUGUGUUUCAUGGAACUUGCCAUUGAGAUAUCGAGGACCUUCCGCCCCUUCGCCUCUAUUCCAACAUACUGGAGGCUAUAGCAGUGGCGACCCGCAGCAUUGGAUGAGACACGGGAUUCAAGGUAGACUGGGGAUAGUCUGCUGCCUGACUUGACCACAAUACAAACCUGUUUUUGGACGAUUUCUAUCCCCCCCCACCACCACACCGUUCACCUAACUCCGUUUGAUAGGUACAACGACAUCUCGUUUGUUCGGUUGUGCGUAAAAGAUCUAAACAUCAAUCCACGGUACGGACACCGACUCGACGUGCGUAGUUGAAAAGCUCCUGACCGUUGGAAUAACCACAGUCAGUCAAUAAUUGAUGUUUUCCACGUCGGUUCAUUAGCUUGAAAGUAUUUCCAAACCGACACCGGUUCUCAAGGUAACGGCGUAUUCCCAACAUACCUUGUGUAAAUCAUUUUGGAGUGAAUUUAUCCAAUCCUCUAAAGGGAAGCGAUCACAUAAGUUCCGGAGAGUUCAAGCGCCGUGGCGAUGUUGGCGAGUGUUUGGAUUGUCCUCCUGGCUGUCAACAUACAAGCUGGAGAUGGACAGAGUGUCCAGAUGGACUCCAUUAAGUCAGGCUUCGUGGGCUCCCAGGUGGAGCUGCGUUGUAUCUUCAUUAACUCCAACCCCCCGGUCAAGAUCUCUCAGGUGACAUGGCAGAAGUUCCUGAACGGCACCAAACAGAACGUGGCCAUCGCCAACCCGUCGCUGGGCGUCUCCGUGCUCCCGCCCUUCAAGGAGAGGGUGACCUUCAAGCAGGCGGCGGUCCGCCACCGCACCCCAUCUCUGGAGGACACCACCAUCAUGUUCUCCAACCUGAGGCUGUCUGAUGAGGCUGCAUACAUCUGCGAGUACACCACCUUCCCUGCUGGGAACCGAGAGAACAUGGUCAACCUCACCGUGUUUGCUCGACCUCUGACCCGAAUGACGUUGACCACGCCCACCAUCGUGGCCCGCCCCCAGAAGCGGAAGAUGACCGUGGCGACCUGCCUCUCGGCCAAUGGGAAGCCUCCGAGCGUGAUCAAGUGGGACACGAGGCUGAAGGGCGAAGCCACGUUCCAGGAGACGCAGAAUGCCAACGGCACGGUGACCGUUAGGAGUAACUAUGUGGUCGUGCCGAGCAGAGAGACACACAAACAGAAACUCACCUGCAUCGUAACCUACAACAGCGAGAGGAUUACAGACAGUGUCGUGCUCAACGUGCAAUAUGAACCGGAGGUGAAGAUCGACGGCUUCGAUGGUAACUGGUACCUGGACCGUCAGGACGUCAGCCUCACCUGCAACGCUGACGCUAACCCUCCUGUUACCGUCUACCAGUGGAAAGUGGUGAAUGGAUCUCUUCCCAACACUGUGAAGAUUCUUAACAACUCUCUGAUCUUCAAGGGUGCGGUGACCUAUGAGCUAGCUGGGACGUAUGUGUGUGCUGCCACCAAUGGGAUCGGGACUCGUACUGGUCUGGUCCAGGUUAAUGUUACUGAUAAGCCGAUGGCCCGAGGCCCUCCCGGAGGAGUCUUGGGGGUGCUGGGUGGGGUCGUAGCCGCUGGUCUCCUCAUCGCCAUGGCCGUCACUGUCUUCAUGGUCUGCCGGCGACAGCAGAAGACCCGCACCAACGCUGACAAUGACCUGACCGACCUCCCGCCCGCCCACAAGCCGGCCCCUCCCCCACCCCAAAAGAGGAGCAGUGAUUUGAAGGGCCACUUGACAUCCGAUGACAUCCAGGUGCUCACCCUGGACAAGAAGCUUCCUCUUCAGCCUCCAUAUUACGACAUGGUGCCCUCUGAGUCAACCCCCUUCACUAACAAGCCGAACUGUGGGUGGCAAGAACCAUCCAACCCGGCUGAACAUGUGAGCUACCAUCGAGUCUACAACAAGGAACACUGUCUCGAGUCACAACCAACUCAGACCUACCCCCCUCCUGUUACCUUCUUACCCCAGAACCCCUACACACAUCCUCUCUCCAACAACCCCCUGUACCCCGCCAGCUAUCCCGCCCAAGGCCAAGGUCAGGGCGAGGCGCCACGGCCCCUCUUCCCUAAGGAGCAGUCCGUGUGACCCACUGCUAUAGCUCCAGCACUGUAAGAGACAUCAUCAUUCUGAAAUACACCAAGCUACACCAAGCUUUGCUGUAAGGGUGUCUAUGCUAUGCCCCUGCCCCAUCACCACCACUGUCUCUCUGUCUGUCCUAUGAGAGUGAUGAUGGAGUCGGCAUCCCCUGCUAUGAUGGAAGUGUCAGUUGUUUGUGGACAAGAAAACCUUGUGUGUUGUGCACUGCAUGUUCCACCGAGGCUGUCAGUAGGACCCCUCAUCUUGUUCUGUUAUUAUAGACACCAUCUCACUCCACUUCACCUCACUGUCCUGAUGGAACUCUGUUCUUCAAACUUCACUCUCUACUUCACAUGGACCUAGCUAUCCUCACUGUCUUCACCUCACUGCCCUACUGGGUUGAUUUUUGUCAACAAAAAAAUGUAUGUGAAGAAAUAUGUACACCCCCUGGAAAGUGGUCAUUAUUUGUAUGUAUUUUACAUAUUUGGACACAUGGAUAUUUGAGUUAAAUUCAUUGAUAAAGGUAACCGAAUAUUUACUUUGAAAAUGUUAUGCAAUUAAUAUAAGCAAACAUGCAAUGUCCUUAUGCAGAAAACGUGAGUAUACCCCUUCCUUUACAAUGGCUGAACUUAGAUUCAGCUGCACCAAAAAAGGUGCAUUAAGGAAGUCAUUAGAGAGUACCUUGGGAGGGUCCAGCCUUCCAUAAAGAUUAUAAACUUGGUUUUAACCAUAUGGCUGUGUGGUUACACAUCAUGCCAAGAUCAAAAGACCUCCGAGGCCCUCAGAAGAAACAUUAUUGAUGCCCAUGAGUCUGGGAGGGGUCACAUAUCCAUUUCCACACAUCAUUCCACUGUCUGACGGAUCAUCCACAAAUGGAGAACAUUCCAGACCACUGGCAACCUACAUAGGACAGGUCUUCCCACCAAAUUUAACCCAAGAGCUGACCGAAAGAAAGAAUAUCAAGACACCACUGACAUUUGCCAGACAACACCUGGGUAAAGACCACAACUACUAGAACAAUGUGCUCUGGACAGAUGAGUCAACGGUGAAGUUGUUGGGCGCAAUGCCAGACGCCACAUUUAAUGAAAACAAAACACUGCCUUU